AUGCCCUGGCAGCCGCUACCCCGGAUCGCGUUCGCUGUUGCGACCUACCCGUUUACUGCUGAGAGCCCGGCCGACCUGCCGCUUGAAAUUGGCGAUGAGCUGUACAUUAUUGAGGAGACACCAGACGGCAACUGGCUGCGGGGGUACUUGGUCGCACCACCCAGUUUGCUCGCAGGCUUGACUUCAGUCAAGGGACAAACUCUUGAAGCUAGAGUAUUUAGUGGAAUCUUUCCCCGCAGCUGUGUGGAAGUCCGAGAGAUGCUUGGGGAAUCCGACGAUCGAGACGACCAAGAAUCGACAGACGAGAAUGGACUUGCGGGCAACAACCUCCGGCCUGCAAGCGAUUCAGCCAAGAGUGGUAUCAAUGGGGGCGAGGCAAGGAAAUCAAGGUCUCCGGACCUCGCCGUAGGUAUAGGAAGACGACGAAAGCCGCUGUCAGAACUGCCCAAUGGCACAUUGGGAAAUUUGUCGAUACCAGUGUGGCGAGACCCCAACGCGCCAAAACCAGCUGCCCCGGUUCCCAUGCUUAAGAUUGGCGACGAAACACCGACAUCUGCCGAGGAGCCUUUAAUCGACGAGAUCGCGUCGUGUCUGAGAGAAUGGCACUCAAAGAACCUUCACGAGCUGCUGCUCUCUAGACAGUAUGGGGACCUAGACAAGCUCUCGAAGCUCAUUACUAGCCUCAACCUCAACCGACAGCAGUUCUUGUACAAUGUUCUCACAUCCCACGAGUACGACCGGUUACGGGAGAAGACGGUGUGGGACCUGGUGCGCGUGAACAAGCUCUGUGGAGGCGAGGUUAUUGUCCGCGAUCCAGCUGAGCGUGGACGCAUACUAACAGGGGAUGAUUCUGUUGUCGAGGUAACUCGGCUGCAGUCCGUCAUGACCCUUCUGAAUGAGCCGCCUCAGCCAGCCGUGGAACUGACCAGCCUGCACCACUUGCUCCUCGAUGUCAAAGGCUUUGCUGGAUCCUCUUCUGAAGCCACAACUUUGGCUGUGUUUCUUGUCACGAAGCCGCGUUACGAGAAAUUAGCCACUUUGUCAGAGUCAUUCACCGUCGACAUCCCAGCUGGCGGUAUAAUUGGUGGCAUUGGCCAGGAUGCCUCGAGCCGGACCCUUUUCAUCGACCUCUCCUCCCAGGAUAUUGGGGACUCGCCAUCUGCCGAGUCUGAUCUGUAUCUGGUAGUCAAAGUCCUCGCUUCGCAGCAGAUUUUACCCCACAAACCACUCUCAAGAUCCGGCACCGGCUCGGAAAGCACCUUUUCGAGAGAAAACUCAAAAACCUCUUCCUCAAGCAUAUCGAAAUCCACCAGGCGAAGUUUGAUGUGGGGUAGCAAGACCGGGCGCUCUACAUUUUCGAGAGGCUCAAUCCUCCCCAAGAUGGAUGCACUAUCUGAGCAACAAGGCGAACGACCGGUGACAACAUCAGACGGGUAUGGUCCUCCUAGUACGGCCAGUUCAAAGAACGGUGGAGGUGUCCCGGAAGCAUCCCAAACUGUGCAACGUACCGUUGGAGUCGGCAUUUUGAAGGUGAACGCAAUAAUGAAGCAGAACGACGAGGUUGAGCAGGUCCUCAACAUCUGGUCACCUAACAAUAGUCGAGCAUCGACGGAGAGGGACAUGGGCGAUGACUUUGAUCCCCUGAUUCUGGAGCUCAUGGAUAAUGCGAAUGGACGGUACGAAAGAUCACGCAGAGGGGAACGACUACAAGUCUCGCUACAAGCGUUUGAUCACCCCGACGCCGAUACUCUAAUCAAAGCCACGCCAACACUUUUAUCCGGCGUUUGUAAAACGAAUAGAAUGGGAUUUUCCGGAGCCCCAACGAAACCAAGGUCCGACAUCUAUCUCACACUCAACUCUGCCUCUUUGGCACGCCAACAUUUGUUGUCUCGAUACGGAGGAAGUGCUACUACCAUGCCCUCUGGCAUUCAAGGCAACAAUUUUCAGGUCACGGUAGAGGUUCGCGCACCUUCGGGACAGAGACUAGAAAACUGCAUAUUUACUGGCUCCAAUAAGGAGCCGAUGACAACAUUCAGGUCUACAGCCGCAGAACGUGGAGAAGCUUGGAACCAGACACUCCGGCUCGCCCUGUCACCGACUGAUGCAUCCACAGCUCAUGUGGUCAUGUUCUUGUGUGAUGUGCCAGGGCCACCUUUUGCUGUUGCUCACAUGCCGUUGUGGGAUAGACAGGCUUUCAUGCGAGACGGCCGCCAUGGACUACUUCUCUAUAAGAUAGAUGAAAAUACGUCCACAGCACAGGCUGGCCCAACUGGCAGGGGAGGGUAUUUGUCUGUCCCGUGGGCACCCCGGGGGAGAGAUGAACACUCCGAGAAUGUAACCGGUCCUCUGGCUGUGUUACACGUCAAUACCUUCCUUUGCAGCACGCGGUUUUCCCAGGAUAGAAUCAUUCUGGGCCUGGUGAAGUGGAAGGACCUGCCCGAAGAAGAAGUUGCCGCGGUCCUACGACAAUUAAUGUUUGUUCCUGAAAUCGAGGUUGUCAAACUACUCAGCGAUGUACUUGAUGGACUAUUCGGAAUUCUCGUCCAGCACUCUGGAAACAAUGAGUUUGAAGAUUUGGUCUUUACUGCAUUGGUUAGAGUUCUGGGCAUUGUCCAUGACCGUCGUUUCAAUCUGGGUCCAUUAGUUGACCAAUAUGCGGAAUCUCAGUUUAAGUAUCCCUUUGCCACUUCAGGACUCGUCAGAUCAUUCACUCGAUUGCUGGAGAAGCCAACUGAACCCCAGACGGCUCGAAAUCUUCGGUCUACAUUCAAGGUUGUCAGACAUAUUUUGAAAUUCAUUACGCAUGCUCGAAAACAACAAAAGCUCAAGGAAGCUGGCAUCGGAAUCACAUCCUCGCCGCAAGGAUUCACCCGACAACUUCGCUCCAUUUUCAAGGCUCUCGACAGCAUGAUGCGAAAUCCUGCCCCUGUCCUUGUUGGUAGUCAAACCUUGGCCGUGCAACACUUCCACACCUGGCUGCCGGAGCUUACGGGCUUGCUAGACACCGAGGAGAUUCUUCACAUUGCAAUUGACUUUAUGGACUCUUGCACCCAAGUCAAGGGCAAACUGAUAUUGUAUAAGCUGGUUCUCAUCAUCAACUACUCCAAGCUGGACCUUUUUGCGCAUCCGGAUCAGAAGGCCGCCUUGAGCGCAAACACAGUUCGCUGGAUUUCGCCACAUUGGGGUCACGCAGAAGAAGUCACAGAACAGUGGCGCGAGCAGGUCCGUCUGUGCUGCUCCGUGAUUGCGAGCCAGGUCGACCAUUUGGGCCCCGAAAUCCCGGACCACAUCCCGAGGAUAAUCGACUCGUAUCUGUCACUAUUGUCGUCACCACCGAAGCCCCGAAAUCGGCUCUCUUUCCUCUUCCCAUCUGCUUAUCCAUUCCCGUCGAAGCCUGUCUCUGCUGAUCUCACGUUUGACGAAAGCCUGGCAGAGCUCUCAGCAAUUCUGUCCGCGAUUUCUAGUUCCUCCGCUGGGAUGCAGCUCGAGUUGGCGGCGGAAGAUGACCUGGCAACCAUUCUGGAGAACUUGCUGCGAGUGCAUAUGAGCAUCCUCUCCGGCGAAGCGUUCCCUGCCGGUUGGCUAAGUCUGCAUAUUUAUCAUCACAAGUCAACUAUGCGCACCCUGCAAUACGUCGCAACGCUCAUGCUUGAGUCGUUCUUACCGGAUCCUGACGAGGCAGAGACGUUCAGUAUGGAGCUGUGGAAACUGUUUUUCACGACACUUCUGAAGUUGGUUGGCAGCACGUCCCUGGCAUUAGAAACUUUCCCAGAGCAGAAGAGAAGGGCGGUCUGGAAAAUCGCUGGUGAUGUGAGAGAACACGGCGCCGAGCUUUUGCGAACAACGUGGGAAGCAAUUGGCUGGGAAACGACCCCUGAAGAACGUAACCGGUACGGACUGGCCAAGAUUGGAGGAUACCAAGUACAAUACGUUCCAGCAUUGGUUGGGCCGAUUGUCGAGUUAUGUUUAAGCGUCCACGAGGGUCUGCGGCGGAUGGCAGUUGAAGUUUUGCAAACGAUGAUUGUUAGCGAAUGGACUCUGAGUGAGGACUUGACCGUCAUUCAGACAGAGAUGAUUGACAGCUUGGAUCAAUUUUUCAAGUCGAAGCCACUUACGGAGAGCAUCUUGCAGAAGUUGUUUAUCGGCGAGCUGCUGGAGCGCUUUGACCUCCUGUCUGAAAUUCCAAACGAGCCACUGUACACUGCAGUUCGGGAGCUCGUGGGCACGCUGGACGAGUUCCUCGAUUUGUUGGUUGCCGUUCAUGGAGGCGAAGGCAAUGGCGAGGCAACUAGCAUCAUCAAUCGUCUGAGACUGAUGGAAUUCCUCCGCGACAUGCAAAAGGAGGAAAUUUUUGUGCGCUACGUCCAUCAGCUUGCAAGGCUACAGGCCGAGAGCCGCAAUCAUGCCGAAGCUGGUCUUGCGUUGCGCCUUCAUGCGGAUCUUUAUGACUGGGACCCAACCAGACAAGUAAAAGCUUUGGCAGAGCCAGAGUUCCCAGCACAGACGCAGUUUGAACGCAAGGAGAAGAUCUAUUUUGACAUGAUUAAGCAUUUCGAGGAUGGCGAGUCGUGGAGUAACGCCUUGACUGCAUACAAGGAACUGCAGAGUCAAUACGAGACCAAUAUUUUCGACUUUGCCAAGCUCGCGAGGACGGAACGUGCCAUUGCCACCAUUUACGAGACCAUCUCUAAGAGCGAAAAGUUGAUUCCGAGAUACUUCAAAGUUGUAUACAAGGGUCUGGGUUUCCCAUCUGGCAUCCGGGAUAAGGAGUUCAUUUAUGAAGGAGCCCCCACAGAACGGGCGGCGGCUUUUACCGACCGAAUGCAGGAACAAUAUCCAUCUGCACAGAUUGUGACAUCUGGGCAUGUUGAUGAGGUCGAAGGACAAUUUUUGAUGGUUUCUGUGGUAACGCCACACCGCGACCUGUCUCACCAAGUAUUUCAAAGAGCACGCGUGCCUCAAGUCAUUCGCGAUUUCUUGGUGUCUUCGCACCCGCAGAGCUUUUCUUUUACGACCAAACGUAGCACGUCUGGUGCAGUGGAGAACCACUAUGCGGAAAAGACCCUCUUUGUCACGGCCGAGCCUUUCCCAACCAUCCUGCGCCGCAGUGAGAUUAUUGAGGCUCACGAAAUCAGACUCGAUGCUCGUGAAACCGCCUUGGAGCGCAUCGUGCGGAAGACGCAGGAGAUGACGGCUCUGGAACGCCGCCUUUCGGACGGAGAAGAGGAGGUUGGCCAGCUUCUUCUUGACGCGAUUUCUAUUUCUGUGAAUCCUAUGUCCGAACAAAGUGUCAUGUGUUAUCGCAAGCUACUGCCUGAGCCUGAUGAGGAGGACGAGGAUGAGGAUGAAGACGAGGCCGAGCUGGAGCCUCAGGAUACUGCAAUCAAGAUGGCACUUGUGGACCAUGCUAUUAUGAUCAAGAGAGUGUUGGCCCUCUUUGCGAGAAGCAACAACCCAGUGCUGUGUCAGAAACAAGAAGAACUCCAACGAUUUUUCGAAGUCGCAUAUGAGCCCGAGAUUGCACUAUUUGCCCCUCCUCCUCCAACCCCCCGCGAGACAGUAUCAACUCCGUCCACAGCUUUCCGAGGCACCUUUCCACCACUCGACCAAACCCCUCCACAGUGGACGAACAUUGCCGCCCCAUUAAAUGGCACCAAGGUUGAGGAAACGUCCAUUGUGCGCCAGGUAUCUCUGCGACAGCGUAGUGCCCGACUGAGUUUCUUGCCUGGACGGAAACAACAGCAUCAACAACAACAACAACAACAACCAGAAACUGAUCAGCAGGCUGAAACAGUAACUGUUAAUGGAAGCCCAGAGUCCAAGGCGUCGCACCGACGGAGCCGAAGCUUUGGUAAAGGAGCUCGCCGACAGAGCAUUUUCAAGUCGCAGUCGAUGGACGACGGCCUGCAAGAUAAUCCAAGCGGCAUGGGAAGACGAGGCAGUUCAGCCAGCAAAGGCAGCUUCGACAGAAAGAGUAGCAUUGACGAGCAUGUGACGGAAGCAGAGAUUCCACCUGUCAAGAGAACGGGAAGCGUCAGGAAGAGACUAAGUCUCUUCAAGAUGGGAAUCAAGAGUAACAAGUCGGGAGGCGUAAUGGGCAGUGUUGACGAAGAGUAG